UAUCAAAUAGGAAGUAAACAUUCUGCAAUUGUCUUAUAUUUUUGAUAUUCCCUUGAAAGUCAUUAAUUAUGAAAUUGUAUUUUAGAUCUUAUAAUUAAUAGGGCUACAUUUUAGUCUAUUUUCUAGAGGCUAUUCAGUUGUUUACUAUUCUGGUCAUACAUAAAACUAAUAUUACAUAAAAAUUUUACUUCUAGGGUCAUUAAGAAUGUGGAAACAAGCAAAAGUUGACUGGGUAAGUGAGAAAAACGGAAUCUUUAAAGAUUUGGUAUCUGAAGUUGCUGAGUGGAACCCGGGAGCCCGUCUGACCUUUGCUUUGCGAAACAGACUUGAAAAAUAUUCAAUAGAUGUCAGAAAAGAAAUUGUCAACAGAGUGGUAGAUGGUUGUUCGCCAUUAUUUAAGGCCUGUAAAUUUGGAAGAUUGGAGGUUGUUGAGUACUUGAUUCAUACAUGUGGAGCUGAUAUUGAACAAAAAGGAAUAUAUGAGGUUCUUCAGGAUAGGUCAACUCAUAUUGUUACCCCAUUAUGGUGUGCAGCAGUAUCAGGGAAACUUAGCAUUGUAGAGCUUCUUCUUGAUGCUGGGGCCAAUAUCAAUGCAGUAUCUGAUAGUGGCUCAACACCAAUACGAUCGGCUUGUUUUAUGACCCAUUUUGAAGUUGUACGGUACCUGGUCCAACAUGGAGCUGAAAUCAAUACACCCAACUUCAAUGGAGGCACUUGUUUGAUAAAUUCUGUACAGAGUGUUAAGUUAUGUCAUUUUUUAUUGGAGAAUGGAGCAGAUGUUAAUGCCAAAGAUAUACAAAAUAAGACUGCUUUACAUUAUGCUAUUCAGGAACAUCGAUUGGAAUCUACUAAACUGCUGUUGGAAUAUGGGGCAGAUUAUAAUGCAAUAUCCAGGUAUGGAGAUGACGCUUUACAAAUGUCAUGCCUCAAGGGUGCUCAUGAGAUCUUCGAGUAUCUGACAGUAAAUAUAAAUUAUUCGCCAGAGAGGCUAGCCAACGCACAUGAACUCAUGGGCGCCACUUUCCUGGACGAACACAAUGGAGUGUCAAAAUGUAUGCAGCACUGGAGAAAAGCACUAAAAAUAAGGGAUGAGCACAACUUACAUCCUAAGAAACCAGCUGUAGGUUUGUACGAGGCUUAUAGGUAUCAAAAAGAAUUUGAAACAGAAGAUGAACUACUAGCUAUGUCUGGCGAUUUAGAUAAAAUUCGCAUCCAGAGUCUUUUAGUUGCUGAGAGGAUCUUGGGAAGUCAUCAUAAGGAUACCAUAUUUAGAUUAAUGUAUCGAGGUGCCUACUAUGCAGAUGUAGCUUGUUAUCAGCGUUGCAUUGAACUUUGGCGACGUGUCCUGAAAAUUCGCAUAGAAAAAGAUACCGUCUUGUAUACAGACACCUGCUUUGCUGCACAAGCGCUUGUGAAACUGAUGGUGGACUAUAAUAUAAAUUCAGCUUUAGACAAUUUUGACAAUACGGAUAGGCGAUUCCAUGACAUAGUCGAAACUUUUAUUCUACUUGCAACAAGUCUUUUAGAAAUGAGGCCAUUGAUGUUGAUCCGUCCCCAAUAUAAGAGACAACUAGACUUUUUUGAGAAGAUUUUGAGACCCCUAAAGAUGAAUUAAGGUCGGGACACAUACAGUGCGGCCCUUAAUUUAAAAGAUAAAAGGAGAAGAGAGGACUUCUCCUUUUAUCUUUUAAAUGCGUUUAUAUAAAAAUUUAAAAUUUGGCAUACAGCAUUAGCAACCUAAAUACUACUUUUUGGUCUCUAGCUCAUUUUGCAAAACUUCAAAAUGGCGGCGCGACACCAUAUUAAAAAUAAAAUUAAACAAAGAGGGGGAUCAUGCGAUACACCGUUUGAAAGCUCCCACGAAUGCUUUAUGAUCCUUGAAUAUUAAGUCAUUACUUUUACCCAUAACCAAAUAGCGGUUUCAAAAUCUUAUUUUUCGCAUUUUUUGGCACCGGUACGCCAUUUUUAAGUUUUGCAAAAUCAGCUAGGGACCAAAAAGCAGUAUUUAGGUUGCUGGUGUGUGCCAAAUUUCAAAUUUUUAUAUAAACGCAUUCGAAAGAUAAGAGAAGAGAGGGGGACAAUCAAGAGCCGCACCGUAAAUUCGUACCGACCCGGAGCGCAGCUCGACCAUGUCUCGGUACGUUAUCCACCAAACCACACAUCUCCGAGAGUGCAACUUAGCGGGGCCGCCCGUACCGAAUCGCACCUUACUCCGCAAAGUGGUCCGUUUGUUUUUUGAGUUUCCAUAGCUAUAAGUCCACAGGAAUGUUCUCACAUUCUAGGACUAGAAAUUCGGCACUAGUAGCUAUUGAGUUAGAUAAAGAACAUAGAUUAGAUAAAACUGCACAGAAACGAACGAGGUGUGCAUGGGUUUAUAGUGGAAAAAUUUAAAACAUUGUUUCCCCAUCUAAUGGAUGAUGACGAAAGUGAAGAAAAAAUUAAGGAAGAAAGACAAAUUUUGGAGGCUAUCAAUAACACCAAAAGAACGACUGGCUAUAUGUUUAAGGUAUUUUAUUAUUAACUAUAAUAUGUAUUUUUAUUUAUCUGAUAUUAAGAAUUAUCAAGAAUAAGCAAAGCCACCAUCUAUAGAUUACAAUAAGUCAGGCCACUCGACCUACUCUGAAAAACGCCCUCUCAUGUCUCCGUUCUUCGCUUUACCACGGAAGCCGGCUUCGCCGUAUUACUUUUCGCAUAUACCUUAAAUUGCCCACCUGGCGCAAGUUACGGGUUCUAACCCGCUACCUUAUGCCGACCCUGCAUAAUAAUUGUAUAAUAAGCCUUUGUCAAUAAUUAUAUUAUUAUAAAUACCAUAGAUUAUAUUGUAACCAGUUCAAUUCAAUUAUGUUUAAUUAGAUUUAAGACUUAAGUUAGGUUAA